GUGAGGCGAAGACUUCAAACCAAGUUGCGGCGGCUCCGAGGAAACACCUUCGGCUUCACUCACACUUCAACCACAACCAGAACCAGAACCGAACCCACCGGGCGGGGGGGGGAAGAAGAAAACAACAUGCCGGCCACAGAGAAGGACCUGGCGGAGGACGCUCCGUGGAAGAAGAUCCAGCAGAACACCUUCACCCGCUGGAUCAACGAGCACCUGAAGUGCGUCAACAAGCGGAUCGUGGACCUGCAGCUGGACCUGGGGGACGGCCUGCGGCUCAUCGCCCUGCUGGAGGUCCUGAGCCAGAAGAAAAUGUACCGAAAGUACCACCCGAGGCCCAACUUCAGGCAGAUGAAGCUGGAGAACGUGUCGGUUGCGCUGGAGUUCCUGGAGCGGGAGAACAUCAAGCUGGUCUCCAUCGACUCUAAAGCCAUUGUAGACGGGAACCUGAAGCUGAUCCUGGGUUUGAUCUGGACCCUGAUCCUGCACUACUCCAUCUCCAUGCCAGCCUGGGAGGGCGAGGACGAAGAGGCAGAGACAAAGACGCCUAAGCAGCGUUUGCUGGGCUGGAUCCAACACAAAGUUCCUGAUCUGCCGAUCACCAACUUCAGCCAGGACUGGAGGAACGGGAGGGCACUGGGAGCACUGGUGGACAGCUGUGCACCAGGCCUGUGUCCAGACUGGGAGACCUGGGAUCCAGUGAAACCAGUGGAGAACGCUACUGAAGCCAUGCAGCUGGCUGACGACUGGCUGGGGAUCGCACAGGUCAUCGCUCCAGAGGAGAUCAUCGACCCCGGCGUGGACGAGCAGUCCGUCAUGACCUACCUGUCUCAGUUCCCCAAAGCCAAGCUAAAGCCCGGCGCGCCGCUCAAACCCAAACUGAACCCCAAGAAGGCCCGCGCAUACGGACCCGGUAUCGAACCUACGGGGAACCGAGUGCUGCGUCCUGCUGUGUUCACCGUGGACACGUUCAGCGCGGGUCAGGGUCAGGUCAUGGCCUACCUGGACCAUCCAGACGGCACCCGGGAGGAGCUGAAGGUGGAGCCCAACGAGGGCAAGAAGACGUACAGCGUCACCUACGUUCCUCAAGUCAUGGGGCCUCAUAAGGUGACGGUGUUGUUUGCAGGCCAGCAGAUUCCUAAAAGUCCGUUUGAGGUGAAUGUGGACAAGGCGCUGGGAGACGCAUCCAAAGUAACGGUGAAAGGCCCGGGAAUCGAACCUGUGGGCAACAUCGCCAACAAACCCACCUAUUUUGACAUCUACACGGCAGGAGCUGGAACGGGAGACGUGACAACCAUGAUCCGAGACCCACAGGGCCGCCAGAACAGCGUGGAGGUGAUGAUGGAGGAUAAGGGUGACGGCAUGUACCGCUGCACCUACCGCCCCACGCAGGCCGGACCGCACGCCAUCACCGUCACCUUCGGAGGAGUGGGAGUCCCUAAGAGCCCCUUCGCUGUGGACAUCGGACCGGCCUGCAUGCCAGGCGCCUGCAGGGCGACGGGUCGGGGUCUGCAGCCGGCAGGGAUGAGGGUCAAGCAGGUCGGGGACUUCAAGGUGGACACCAGGAACGCCGGCAGUGGAGAGCUGAAGGUGCUCAUCAAAGAUCCCAAAGGCAACGAGGAGCCGGUGAAGCAGGUUCUCAGUCAGGACGGCGUUUUCUGCUACGAGUAUUACCCGAGAAGUCCUGGAAAAUACACGGUCUCCAUCACCUGGGGGGCUCAGCACAUCCCCAAGAGUCCAUUUGACGUGGUGAUCGGUCCGGAGGCGGGGCCUCAGCAGAUCAGGGCCUGGGGUCCUGGAUUGAAGGGUGGCAUUGUGGGUAAACCUGCAACCUUUGUGGUGGAGUCUAUCGGCACCGACGUGGGAGUUCUUGGUUUCGCCAUCGAGGGUCCGUCCCAGGCUAAAAUCGAGUGCGAGGAUAAAAACGACGGGUCGUGUGACGUUCGCUACUGGCCGACAGAAGCCGGGGAAUACGCCGUCCAUGUGACCUGCGACGAAGAGGACAUCGAGCUCAGCCCCUUCAUGGCCCACAUCGUCCCCGACAACAACACCAACCACCCGGAGAAGGUCCAGGCUUACGGGCCGGGCCUGGAGCCGAGCGGCUGCCAGGUGGACCAGCUGGCCGAGUUCACGGUGGAGGCAGAAGACGCCGGGAAAGGGCCUCUGAAGAUCACCGCUCAGGAUGCAGAGGGGCUUCCUGUGGAGGUGAAGGUGAGGAGCAAAGGGGAAGGCCUGUACCAGUGCUGCUACACGCCCGCCUCCUCUCUGAAGCACACCGUGUCCGUCAGCUGGGCCGGAGUCGGCGUCCCCAACAGCCCCUUCAGGGUGAACGUGGGGAAAGGAAGUCACCCCAACAAGGUGAAGGUGUUCGGUCCCGGAGUGGAGCGAAGUGGGCUGAAGGCCAACGAGCCGACACACUUCACCGUGGAUUGUUCAGGAGCCGGAGACGGGGACGUUAGCGUGGGCAUCAAGUGGGACUCCAGCACAGACGGUGACCAGGAGGCCGACGUGGACUUUGACAUCAUUCCCAACGCCAACGACACGUUCACCGUCAAAUACGUCCCUCCUGCUGCGGGCAGGCUGACGGUGAAAGUCAUGUUCACCGACCAGGAAGUCCCUCUCAGUCCGUUCCUGGUGAAAGUGGAGCCGUCUCACGAUGCUUCGAAGGUUAAAGCCAAAGGUCCGGGACUCGCCCCGACCGGUGUGGAGAGUGGUAAGCCGACCCAUUUCACCGUGGUAACCAAAGGAGCCGGUAAAGCUCCGCUGGACGUUACCUUCUCCUCGUCGGUGAAAGACUUUGACAUCAUCGACAACUACGACUACUCUCACACCGUCAAGUACAUGCCUGUGCAGCAGGGGGAGAUGACCAUCGUGGUGACCUUUGGCGGUGACCCCAUUUCCAGCAGCCCCUUCACGGUUGGCGUUGCUGCUCCGCUGGACCUCAGCAAAGUCUCUGUGGACAACCUGGACGGAAGGGUGGAGGUGAACGAGGAGCAGCAGUUCAUGGUGGACACUCAGGGCGCCGGAGGCCAGGGUCAGCUGGAGGUGGAAGUGCUGAGUCCCAGCCAGAGAGCGGUGCCUUGUAAAGUGGAGCCUCAGCCGGGGAGAGCAGCCGUCAGUUUGGUCCGCUACACCCCGAGAGAGGAGGGCGUCUACGCCGUCAACGUGUCCUACGACGAGCACCCCGUUCCGGGAAGCCCCUUCCCUGUGGAGGCCCAGCUGCCUCCAGACCCCAGUAAGGUGAAGGCGUUCGGUCCCGGUCUGAAGGGAGGUUUGGUCGGCGACCCGGCCGAGUUCACCAUCGACACGAAGGGGGCCGGAACCGGCGGUCUGGGCCUGACGGUGGAGGGUCCGACCGAGGCGAAGAUCGAGUGUUCGGACAACGGCGACGGCACCUGCUCCGUCUCCUACCUGCCCACCGAGCCCGGAGACUACCUGGUCAACAUCCUGUUUGAAAACGUCCACAUCCCCGGCUCGCCGUUCAGAGCCGACAUCCAGAUGCCCUUUGACCCCUCCAAGGUGGUCGCCUCAGGGUCGGGGCUGAAGAAGGCGAAGGUUGGAGAGAUCAGCGUUCUGAAUGUGGACUGCUCUCGGGCCGGGCCGGGUCAGCUCAGCCUGGACGCGGCGCCCGAGUCUGGGCCGGGCUUAGGCAUGAAAGCGAAGACGGAGGUGGUGGACAACCAGGACGGGACGUACACGGUGACCUACGUCCCCCUGACCUCCGGCAUGUACACCCUGAUGCUGAAGUACGGAGGUAAAUCCGUGCCAGGCUUCCCGGCCAAGGUGAUGGUGGAUCCUGCAGUCGACACCUCCAAGGUCAAAGUGUUUGGACCCGGUAUCGAGGGCCAAGCCGUUUUCAGAGAAGCCACCACGGAUUUCACAGUGGACGCCCGACCUCUGACCCGGCGAGGAGGAGAGCACGUGAAGGCCGAGGUGAAGAAUCCGUCCGGCGCUCUGACGGAGUGCGUGGUCACCGACCAGGCCGACGGGACCUACAGCGUCGAGUACACGCCCUUCGAGAACGGCGUCCACAGCGUCAGCGUUCUGUACGACGAUGCUCCGGUUCCCAAGAGUCCGUUCAGAGUCUCUGUGACGGAGGGCUGCGACCCCAGCAGGGUGGUGGCCACUGGGCCGGGGCUGCAGCAGGCCCUGACGGACCAGAACAACGCCUUCAGCAUCAUCACCAGGGGUGCAGGAAUCGGUGGCCUCGGCAUCACCGUGGAGGGUCCGUCUGAGUCCAAGAUGUCGUGCAAAGACAACAAAGACGGCAGCUGCAGCGUGGAGUACGUUCCGCUCACGCCGGGCCUCUAUGACGUCAACAUCACCUACGGUGGCGAGCACAUCCCAGGAAGUCCAUUUAAGGUCCCGGUGAAAGCCGUGGUCGACUCCAGUAAGGUCAAGGUGUCGGGUCCAGGUGUGGCGUCGGGAGUCAGAGCAAAUAUCCCACAAUCCUUCAGUGUGGACUGCAGGAAGGCUGGCGAGGCGCCGCUGGCGGUGGCCGUCACGGGCCCAAAGGGGCUGGCAGAACCGGUGGAGGUGACGGACAACGGCGACGGGACGCACACCGUGUCGUACACGCCAUCCAUGGAGGGACCGUACGCCGUCUCGGUCAAAUACGCAGACGAGGAUGUUCCACGCAGUCCGUUCAAGUUCAGGGUUCUGCCGACCCAUGACGCCAGUAAAGUGCGUGCCAGCGGCCCUGGGCUGACCAGCGGCGUCCCCGCCAGCUUCCCGGUCCAGUUCAACAUCGACGCCAGAGACGCCGGCCAGGGCCAGCUGAGCGUGCUCAUCACGGACCAGGAUGGGAAACCCAAGCAGUCCAGUAUCCAUGACAACGAUGACGGGACCUACACGGUGUCCUACGUCCCCGACCGCACCGGGCGCUACACCAUCGUCAUAAAGUACGGCGGCGACGACAUCCCGGCGUCGCCCUACAGAGUCCGCGCCACGGCGACCGGAGACGCCAGCAAAUGCACGGUGACGGGACCGGGCGUGGGCCCGACCGUGGCCAUCGGCGAGGAGCUGGGCCUGUUGGUGAACGCCAAGGCGGCCGGAAAGGGCAAGGUGAGCUGCGUGGUGGUCCAACCCGACGGCAGCGAGGUGGAGGCCCAGGUUCUGGAGAACGAAGACGGCACCUUUGACAUCUUCUACGCCACGCCGGCUCCGGGGAACUACGCCAUCUACGUCCGCUUCGGAGGGGAAAACAUCCCGCGCAGUCCGUUCAAAGUCAUGGCUACUGAUGCAGUUCCCAUCAGCCAACAGCAGAUGGCGCAGCAACAGAGACAGGCCGGUCCCCCUAGCGCUGGCUUCCAGCCAUGGGUGAUGUCAGAGAACUACCAGCCAAUCAGCAGCAGCGUGAACGGCAGUGGCUUCAGACCGUUUGACAUGAUCAUCCCGUUCGCCUUUAGGCCGGGAGAAAUCACCGGUGAGGUGCUGAUGCCUUCAGGCAAGUCUGCGCAGCCGCUGAUCGCAGACAACGGAAAUGGGACAGUGAUAGUCCAGUACGCCCCGACUGAGCCGGGCCUGCAUGAGAUGCACAUCAAGUACAACGGCACACACAUCCCAGAGUCUCCGCUCCAGUUCUACGUGAACCACAGCAGCAGCCCCAACGUUACGGCUUUCGGGCCUGGACUGAGCUACGGCGUCGCCAACAAGGUGGCGACCUUCACAGUCUGCACAGAAGACGCCUCUGAAGGCGGUCUGGACCUGGCUAUCGAGGGUCCGUCCAAAGCGGAGAUCAGCUGCGUAGACAAUAAGAACGGGACGUGCACCGUCAGCUACCUUCCCACGCUGCCUGGAGAUUACAACAUCCUGGUCAAAUACAACGAAGAUCACAUCGAAGGCAGCCCGUUUACCGCCAGGAUCACGGAGGACAACCAGCGCCGCUCUCAGGUUAAACUGGGCUCUGCAGCAGAUUUCUUCCUGGACAUCAACGAGACUGACCUCAGCGUGUUGACCGCCAGCAUCAGAGCGCCGUCUGGACGGGACGAGCCCUGCCUGCUGAAAAGGAUGGCCAACAACCACAUUGGCAUCUCCUUCAUCCCCAGGGAGGUGGGCAAACACCAGGUCAGCAUCCUGAAGAACGGCCGGCACGUCCCCAACAGCCCCAUCACCAUCAAUGUGGUCCAGUCCGAGAUCGGAGACGCCGGACGAGUCAAAGCCCACGGCGACGGCCUCGUUCAGGCCACCACCUUCACCAACGCCAGCUUUGUGGUCGACACAAGGGAGGCAGGUUACGGCGGCCUGGCUCUGGCUAUUGAAGGUCCCAGUAAGGUGGACAUCCAGACGAAGGACGUGGAGGACGGGACCUGUGAGGUCUCCUACUGUCCCACCGAACCUGGAAACUACAUCGUCUCCAUCCGGUUUGCAGAGGAACACGUUCCAGGAAGUCCGUUCACGGUGAGGGUGACCGGCGAAGGUCGCAUCCGGGAGAGCAUCACCUGUCGACAGAAGGCGGCGUCGGUCGCCAGCGUCGGCAGCAUGUGCGACCUCAACCUGAAGAUACCCGCGAUGGACAUGCAGGACAUCACCGCUGAAGUCACUUCGCCGUCUGGAACCAGCCGGCCCGCUGAGCUGGUUUCCAUGGGCAACGACACCUACUGUGUGCGGUUCGUUCCCACGGAGAUGGGCGUGCACAGCGUCGGCGUGAAGUACAGGGGCGUGCACGUACCGGGCAGCCCCUUCCAGUUCACGGUGGGCCCGCUGGGAGAGGGCGGCGCGGGCAAGGUGACGGCCGGGGGUCCGGGCCUGGAGGGAGCGCUGGCCGGGGAGCCAGCCGAGUUCAGCAUCUGGACGCGUGAGGCCGGCGCCGGCGGUCUGUCCGUCGCCAUGGAGGGUCCCAGCAGGGCGGAGAUCUCCUUCGACGACCGUAAAGACGGAUCCUGCGGGAUCUCCUAUGUGGCUCAGGAGCCCGGCGACUACGAGAUCUCGGUGAAGUUUAACGAGCAGCACAUUCCCGACAGCCCCUACCUGGUCCCGGUCGUGGCGCCGGUGAACGAUGCGCGGCGCCUCACUGUUGCCGGCCUUCAGGAGUCCGGUCUGAAGGCGAAUCACCCAGCAUCCUUUGCGGUGCGUCUGAAUGGAGCACAGGGAAAGCUGGAGGCCAAGGUUCACAGUCCGUCUGGAGCGCUGGAGGAGUGCGUCGUCACGGAGCUGGAGAAAGAUAAGUUCGCCAUCCGCUUCAUCCCCAGGGAGAACGGCGUUCACACCAUCGACGUGAAGUUCAACGGCUCUCACAUCCCAGGAAGUCCUUUCCAGGUCCGGGUUGGAGAACCAGGACAGAGCGGAGAGCCCGGUCUGGUGACGGCGUACGGAUCCGGUCUGGAGAGAGGCACCACAGGAACCCAGUCGGAGUUCAUCAUUAACAACACCAAAGCGGGACCCGGAGCGCUAGCCGUGACCAUCGAGGGUCCGUCCAAAGUGAAGAUGGACUGCCAGGAAAUCCCUGAAGGUUACAAGGUUCACUACACUCCGAUGGCACCGGGAACCUACAUGAUCAGCGUCAAAUACGGAGGGCCCAACCACAUCACCGGCAGCCCCUUCAAGGCCAGAGUCACAGGUAACCGGCUGGUGAACGUGACCAACGCCAACGAGACGUCGACCCUGACGCUGGAUCCGACUCUAAGAACAGCCGGCGGCAGCUUCGCUCAGAGCGCCAUGCCCAGACCGGGAGACUCGGACGCCAGCAAGGUGCUGAGCCGAGGACCCGGACUGAGCAAGGCUUUCGUGGGCCAGAAGAGCAACUUCUCUGUGGACUGCAGCAAAGCUGGUAAGAACAUGCUGCUGGUGGGCGUGUACGGCCCUCAGGUCCCCUGUGAGGAGGUUCUGGUCAAACAUCUGGGGAACCUGCAGUACAACGUCAGCUACGUGCUGAAGGAACGGGGCGGCUACGUCCUGGUGGUCAAGUGGGGCGACGACCACAUCCCAGGAUCCCCGUUCAACGUCACCGUCCCAUAAUGCACCACGGGAAAAACCAUGGAUCCGCCUGCUGCUGAGCUGGAGAGGAAACAUUGACUGCACUACAGAUUACUGUCGAAUGAAAACGCUGCUGAACAAAAAACAAGCUCAAUCCUCCCUCUCUGUAAAAGUCCAGGAUUUUCUGCUUGAACAUUUUAAUGGAGUUAAAACGCUAAAAAGAAUCCCAACCCGAUCCCAAAAUGUUAAACUGGAUUUAGGGAAAACAGGCAUUACUUGAUAACAAAGCACUUUCCUGUUAAACGCUCAGUUCCAGGACGGAAACGUCUUCUGAGCUGGUUGGUCCACACCACAAACGGCCAACAGAACCAAAUUGGUGCCAAACGGUGAUUUUUCAUCCCGGUUGGGGAAAAACUGGACUUCUUCCUUUUAGUUUGUGAAACUACUGAUUAUUUGUCACUCCCAGAAUUCAUCUCUUCCUCGAUGUUGCCGUAAAAGUUGCCUGUUUACGCUGCCUUCAAGCUGCUGCUUGCUGCAGUCCGCCACAGACUACCUGAGCCAGUGGCUCGGUUCUGAUCCGUUUCCUCUGUCAUCAUGAUCUGAGCUGGAGAACAUUGAAUCUGUCUUGGUGUCGUUAAUGCCGUCGCCAUUAUCACUGCUACUUUUGAUACUUUAGGAUGAAAAGGAGUUUUUGUAUCAGAGGGUUUGGGAAAACUUCUCAUUUUGUAUUGGGGAAUGUGAAACUAAAUCCUGAUCUGAUGUACUGUAUGUUUGAUAAUUAAAAUAAACUGGAAUCUAGAAAAAUGAA